UUUGCAACAAAGAUCAAGGUCAUUCAAUGUGGUGUACGGACAAGGGAUGUAAACAAAUAUGUAAACGAGAAAUAGAGUACCUAAAGUACCUAAAAGGCUUGGGUACCUGAAAGGUUUAAUUGGGUUUGUCACAAGAACGUAACAUAUUUUAUAUCAGUUAAUUUUAUCGAUUAAAAUUGUGAUGAUGGCAUUGGAAUUGUUCGGUAUAAUUGUUACGAUUUUGUUAUGCCUAAUAUGUGUUUGGCUAAUUUGGAUGGCGUGGAAACGAAUUCAAUUGUGCAAAGUUUUGUCCUCCAUUCCAGUUCCUUUAACACCUUGGCCUAUCUUUGGUCAUGCUCUACAAAUGAAAAGGGAUCCACACGAAUUUUACAUCCAGAUUAGAAGUUGGAUGGAGAACCUCCGGGAGAAAGGGUUGACUUGUGUAUGGAUAGGACCGAAGCCCUUUAUUGGUAUUUUUAAAGCAGAGUUUGUGGAGAUUUUAUUGUCGAGCCAAAAAAACAUUACGAAAAUGCCUCUUUACACUUUUCUUCACCCGUGGUUUGGCGAAGGCCUUUUAACAAGCGCUGGCAGUAAAUGGAAAUCUCGUCGAAGGCUUCUUACCCCGGCAUUUCAUUUUAAAAUUUUAAAUGGUUUCGUAUCCGUUUACCAAAAACAAUCCGCUGUUUUAGUUCAAUUACUGCAGGCCAAAGCUGGUAAGGGUGAAUUCAAUAUAGUUCCAUACAUCACUCAUUGUGUCUUGGAUAUUAUAUGUGAAACGUCCAUGGGUUUUGAUAUCAAAUCUCAAUUUGGUAGAAAUUCUGAAUAUACCGAAGCUGUAUUAAGCAUGAGUGAACUUGUUCAAGAACGCCAAAAGUCACCAUGGCUCUGGCCUGAUCUGAUAUAUAAUAUGACGUCAUCUGGAAAGAAGCAUCGAAAAAAUUUAAAUAUUCUCCAUGACUUUACAAAUAAAGUGAUAAACAAACGCAUUCAACAACGAAAGACACAGAAAUCCGGAAAUCCAUGCUCUUCAGAUACAACGGCGUUAUAUUCGCCAAGUAAUCGUCCCAUUCGAGCAUUCUUAGAUUUAUUACUCGAGGAAUACGAUCAAUCAUAUUUAACAAAGAAAGAUGUCAGGGAAGAGGUGGAUACUUUUAUGUUUGAGGGGCACGACACAACGUCAGCAUCGUUGCAGUGGACCAUCCAUCUUCUUGGACAUCAUCCUGAUAUUCUCUCCCGAUUACAAACAGAAGUUGACGAGUUUUUUGAAUGUUUACCAAACGAUGGAAAUAUAAAGCCUGAUCAACUUAAGGACCUAAAUUUUUUGGAGUGCGUCAUAAAGGAGGCGUUACGAUUGUUUCCAUCAGUCCCAUUAAUCGGGCGGGAGUUGACAGAGGAGUGUAAAUUUGGUCCACACCUUGUUCCCAAAGGUUGCAGUGUCAUCGUCGGACCUAUGGCAUUGCAUCGUGACCCUGAAGUGUGGGAUGAACCUGAUGUAUUCAAUCCUGAUCGUUUUCUUCCCGAAAAUAACAUUGGACGAAAUCCCUAUGCUUAUAUCCCUUUUUCUGCUGGUCCUAGAAACUGUAUUGGACAAAAAUUCGCGUUGAUGGAAGAAAAGGUGGUUUUGGCAACAAUAUUGCAUCAUUUCAAUAUCAAAUCAACCCAGGCAACUGAUGAUAUUAAAAUAAGUACAGAGCUUGUUCUAAAAUCUAUAAAUGGCAUCAUGGUUAAACUGGAAACAAGAACAAUUUAGAUAUCAUCAGGCCAGUUCCCACGUACAACUGCAUGUAACUAUACAAUCCGUCUCAACUAAUGACAGUUUUUUAAUUGGAAAAUGUGGUACGUAUUGGG